UCAGUGAUUUCAGGCUUGGACGUGUGCGUAUUUCAAAAUUCAGUCUCUGGAAUCAAGCUCUAACAACCCCCACAGUACCAGUUCCGUAUGAACGCGCUCGAAGGCAACCUCCCCGGUGUGAAGAAGGCAAGCUGGUAGACAAACAUAGGCGAAGGGCUGUGAUAUAUGUGUAUACUACUAAGGCGACACAAAUGCAUUGGGCGGCGUUCUUUUCAAACUGUGAAUCACCACGGCGCUGGAAUCAUGCUUCGCUUGACGUCAAGAUCAGAUGCGCCUGCCUUUCUGACCUGUUGUGGUAAUAGCAAACGGCAGCGUACAGGAGACUCACCUGACCACGCAAACGAGCAAUUACACAAACUCAAGCUCGACCGCAGCUGAACUUAAGACAUCCCCCGAGCGUCUGCAGUCAUACGUCAGCCACCAUGUUCCGCCGCAAAGGAGACACGAUAUCGCCUGACGCUUCUUAUCCUGCGAAUCUCAAGGAGCUGGGUUUCUUCAUCAACAAGCUAGGUCAUAUUCGCAUGAUCGAAGCACCGGACAAGCCUUUCGUGUUCAAUGCCACGAACAUCGAACGACACAACGAGGUGCGCAACGAAGCUCUACACGCCUGCUCUCGCGCAGAAGUCACUGAACGUGCGUCCAAGCUCGGCAUCAAACAGCUCUUCUUUCCUCAGCUUACCACGGUGAAACCCGCUGGACCCCAUAUCCCAAUCCUGGCUCCAUCCGCGGAUAUUCUCAGGACACGGAAGCGCAUCGUUGUCAUCAUCAACGAUACCCUGCAGGAUCUUGGUAUCCUCGCAUACCGACAGCUGCAACGAGACCUUGGUUUCAAUGGCGGAUCUGUGAUCAACUUCGCAAAGGAGAUGGUCAAGCGUUCUGCCAGAAAUGACAAGGAGGGUCCAAUUCAGAGCAUCUUCGAUGAUGGCGUCAGUAUCGACGACAGUGAAACUCCCGGCUUGGUUGUACUAAAUGCAGGCCAACUGCUAUACUCGCACAAGUUCAAUCGAUCCAUGACUCUGAGAAGCUGGUAUGCUCUUCCUCGCAAAUCGAUCGCACACGAUGCUAUUAGGAUUCACGAGGAGGAGAAUUACGUGGAAGGCCAUCGGACCCCUGCUCAGCAUAUCAAGUCUGUUUUCGACCAGCUCUUGUGCAACCCAGAGUACGUCUCUCCAGAUGCAGAUCUGUACAUCGUUGCGAUUGAGGAUGGCGCGAGUAACGCCCUGGAGGUAAUCAACGAUGACUUUGACAAGUACGGUACGCGCAUUGCUGCAAUGGCAAUGAUCCACACUCUGGCUGAGAUCUCGGACCUGACCCACCCAAGCCUCAAAGCGUUCCUGCACCAGCGUACACGUCAGUGGAAGUAUUCAGAUCUAGGCCUCGAUCCAGAAGAGUGCACAGAGCUACCAGACGAUUACUCCUGUGACGCUCCAAAACAGACCCUGCAACAGGACACCAAUGUCAUACGUUGGAACGCAGAGCUGCCCGGUCCCAGUUCACUGUCCGAGAUCGCAACGCCGCUGCAUCGCCUCACGCUGAACACUGUUUUCUCCAGCAGCGACAAGUCUGCGCCGACCAACUCAGACCCCGAUGCAAGCUAUGACUGGGGAAGUGGUUCUGUGCCGUGUCCAACCUUCGCAGGCGGGCAAGAGCCAGCCGGUGAAUGCGUCUUCACCGACCCUGCCGUUCAACGCGCCAUACUCUCAUUCUUUGAAGACGUCGCCCAGGACCCAGAGAACUACCGCAACCCGGCAUUCACGACCGUGGUCGUACCUAGUCCCACUGCCGACGAGCCCUUCAUCCUCGAUGCCGACGCUCCCGUGCCAGAGACUGUGGAUACAUCGACUGCUCACUUGAUGACGCCCGAGCAGCUUGAACUCGACGAGGCACGUAAGAAGCUCGCGGACAUGCGCAUUGCACUUGGUGCUUGCCCGGACGACGUUGAUAUCCUUGCCAAGGGCCGCGAGAAGCUGGCAGCAAAGGUUGCGAAGCAGGAGGCAGCAAUCCAAGACCUGCAAGUCAAGGCUCUGGGUAGUGGGGCCUUGGGCGCAGGAGAAGCAGAGGACUUGCGCCAGGAAUGGAAGCCGCAGGUCGACGGUCCGCGCGUCCCGUUCGCUGGCACGAUGGUCGAUAGUGAGUUGCUGAAGGCGGCUGGGCUGGGCGAGACGGCGAGCGAGGAGCUGGAGAAACUGGGCGAGGGCAAGGCGUUCCUCUAGCCGUCGACAUACGAACGACGAGUUCUCACACUAUCCACAACCCCGUAGAACCAGUCAAUCAGAACAGUACAUAAAGAGUGGAUUUACAUCACACCUGGUAUCAC